CAAAAUAAUCGGGAACAAUUUAAUGAAGCAGCUGCCUGUGUUAAACUCUCAAUAUUGGAUUAGGUGCAGCUCAUACUGAGUGAAGAACCUCGUAGUGUUGGUCUUUGAUGUAGGCAAAAAUAAAAGUGGAAUUAAAAAAUAUGGCAGAUUCUGCAUGCCGCAAACUGAUCCUAAAGGCGGUAUUUAUCUGCCUCCUUAAACUUGCCUUCAGCUACAGUUUCAGGAGUUGCAUAGAGAUCCCAGAUUCUAACCAUAAAACCUUCAGAUGUAUUAAAUGUCACGAACCAGACAUAACUACAAUUGUGCAAGAUGUAUUUCCCACAGCAACAAACCUUACAGUUUCUCGCAGUAACACUACAUCUGUUCAAGGCCGAAGCUUCGAUCAUCUGCCCAAUCUGACUUCUCUGGUACUGGACGUUAACCAUAUUUUUGAAAUCCACAAAGAUGCUUUUAAUAAUCUGCAUCAACUUCAGAUUUUAAAUCUCUCCUGCAAUAGCAUAUCAUCUCUCCACCGUGAUGUCUUCAGUGACCUCCAUAACCUCACACAGCUGCUCCUGGGAAGCAACAAACUUAAUAAUACUGAUAUGUUCCUGUUUUCCAAAUUGACAAAUCUACAGAUUCUUGACCUACGUCGGAAUAACCUGAAAAACUUUUCCGCUUUGGUUGAAUGCAUAACAAACCUGUCCAGCUUGAUAAAACUGGACCUUUCUUUUAACAAGCUUACCACCCUGCAUCACUCCCACCGUCUGCCAGAGUCGCUUUCCAGACUCUACCUCAGUGAUAAUAAACUAUACAAACUGGGAUGUGACAAGUCUUUCCUAAUGUAUGUGAAAGUGCUAGAUUUCUCAGAAAACAAAAAGUUAUCAUUCGAGGCUUUUCAGGGCCUGAAUCUGGAGAAUAUAAUGUACCUGCGCUUGCGCUUUACCAACGUCUCUGCUAGCAAGCUUCUUAUUUAUACCAAUGUACAACCGUGGAGCAUCGACUUCUCUGGUUUGAAACUGAAGGACUCUCGUGCUCUGUCUUCGCUGUGUUUUCUUCUGACACAUCACCACCAUAAAAAGCAACACAUACCUAAAAUGUUCCUCGAGGGCAAUUCCAUAAGAGCUCUAAAAAACAACACAUUUUAUCAUUGCCCCAAUAUCACAGGUGUAAUGGACCUCUCACGAAACGAAAUGAAAACCACAGGCUGCUUGCAGUUUCUGCACGGUCAAAACCAACUGGAAAGUCUCAAAAUGGAACAUAACCAUCUGACAAGGCUAACGUCCUGCAACAAAACGAAAAAGCUCUACAGCCUGAGAAACCUGAGCUAUCGAUACAAUCGUAUUCUACAGGUCAGUGCUUUUGCCUUCAGUAAUACACCAAAAUUAACAAACCUCGAGCUAAAUAUAAACAUAAUUGCUUAUAUGGACCAUAAAGCCUUAAGUGGACUCAAAGAUCUUGUUACACUUCGUCUCGACAACAACCUUUUGACCGAUGUCUACAACGACAGCUUUGAGGAUCUUACCAGCCUGAAGACUCUCAACCUGCGCAACAACCAAAUAGCUGUAAUUUUCAACUAUACCUUUCAUUCUCUGUCAAAUCUAAGCAUUUUAGAUUUAGGCGGGAACAAGAUCACUCACCUGAAGCCACAUGCAUUUGAUGGGCUGCAUAGCCUGGCCAAUUUGUAUUUAGAUAGAAAUCGUCUGAAUAUGAUUGAUAGCAGUCUCUUUGGGAAACUUCAUGCCACCCUGCAGGUGCUUGAUUUACAGGAUAACCACAUUCAGUAUUUGAAAGAGCAUACAUACUCGCCGUUUAUUAAUAUGUCGAGGCUUCUCGACCUGAAACUUGAUGCGCAGAAACCAAAUGGCAUAUACUUGUUGCCGCGUGCGUUUUUCCGGGGUCUAACUUCUCUAAAAAGUCUUUACCUCACCAACAACCACAUCAUUGGAUUUGGGGAUGAAACAUUUGAUGACCUGAAAAGCUUGGAGUUCUUAACUCUAGUCGACUCAUGUGUCGGGAUCGCCCAACUCAAACCUGGUAUUUUCAAAAACCUUCGAAAAUUGAAGAUGUUAUUGGUUGAGAACAUGGGGAUUAAAUCUUUUUCAAAAGAGGUCUUUGGAAAUUUGACAGGACUAAAGACACUACAUCUGAAUCGCAAUGCCAUGAUGUCUUUGGACAUCAGUUUACUGGACAAUCUGACCAAUCUAACAUACAUUGACAUGCGCAGUUGUCCUCUCAGUUGUGGCUGCCAGAAUAGUGAUCUACAGAACUGGACCGUAAGCAAUAAGAGACUCCAAUUUCCAUAUCUUUACAAUAUUACAUGCCAAGACCAUCCAGGCUCAUAUUUUCACAACUUUGAUACUAAUGUGUGUUAUUUGGACAUAGAACUCUACCUCUUUUCCUUAACUUUUACAUUCACAAUAUUAUUAACCUUAAUACCAUUUCUCUAUGUCAGACUUUAUUGGAAGUUUAAGUACGGCUACUACGUGUUUCGAUCAUGGUUUGGAGAACAGUGGCGUCGCUUAAGGGACCAGGAAGAGAAAUACAAGUAUGAUGCCUUUGUUUCCUACAACUCAGCAGAUGAAGACUGGGUAAUGGAACAGUUGCUGCCGAAUCUCGAGGGUUCUUCAUUUCGGCUCUGCCUCCACCACAGAGAUUUCGAACUGGGCCGCGAUAUUGUCGACAACAUUGUGGCUGCUGUAUAUGGAAGUCGCAAAACGAUCUGUGUGGUCAGUCAGAGCUUCCUUCGCAGUGAAUGGUGCUCACUGGAGAUCCAGCUGGCCAGCUAUCGUCUCUUUCAAGAAAUGCAGGAUGUGCUUUUGCUGGUCUUUCUGGAGCCUAUACCAAAGCAGCAACUGUCCACUUAUCACCGUAUGAGAAAGGUCAUGCUCAAAAAGACCUAUUUGCAAUGGCCAGGGUUAAAUUGUUCUGAUCCAAGCAGUGCAAAAGAACUGUUCUGGAAUCAGUUAAAGAGAGCUCUAAGGAGCAGCAACACUGGAAGCCAAGAGGAGCAGAAGAUGAAGGAGGAGAAUGAUCAGAAGAGAAAAGAGAAGGACAUGGAGGAAACCGAAUAUUUUGUGAAUCAGACACCAAUAGAUGAGGAAGUGUAUUACCUGAUGCCCUGACUACAUGUAUAAAACCAAAUUUACAAUAUAAGUUUAAUUUAAUUUACUUCAAUAAAAGGCUAUAAAUUCUGCAGGCUGCAUACAUUACAAUAUGUAAAAAAUAAUAAUAAUGGAAAAGAUACAAACUUACCAGAAGGUAUUUUUAAUUUUUAUUAGGCUUUUGUGGUGAAAAUGUAAUGAAAAUUAAUUAAAUAAUAUAAUUAAAUAAAUAGAAAUUCACCAGCUAAAAUAACUAUGAUCUACUUACUUUACAAGCGUAUUAAAUUGAAUUCUUAUAUUUUACUUUACUACAAGAUAUUUUAGCAGAUAUAAAACUAAAAUUGUGAAAUCAGUUUGAUGUAAAAAUGUAAAUUUUGUACUGCUUUAUUAAAAGGAUAUAAC